AUGUGAUAUGCAGGACUGGCAUUGUUAUAAGCUGAUCUUUGGUAUAGUUUACAGUGAGUAUAAAAGGUCUAAAUGCAACACAGUGAGAGUCACAUCGCGAUUUGAAAUGCACUGUGAUCCUAAUUGUGACCUCUUAACUGUUGGACUUUCUUUUGGCAAGACUUAUAUUUUCUUCUCUUUCCGAAGUUGGGGACAAAUAUACUAAAUUAGUCUUUCUUGUACACGAAGGGGAGCCUAGAGGUCGUGGGUUUAAGCCUUCGAAACAACCUGUUGUAGACAAUAAACCCUUGUGGUUCGCCCUUCCCCGGACCCCAUAGAUAGCGGGAGUUUUACUGCACCGGGCUGCCCUAUUGUGUCUUGUACACAAAACAUGUUUGAUAUGUAUUAACAUUUGCUAUCAUAUUGUUUGUUUGGAUAAGAUUUCUAUGGCUGAGAAUACAAAGAUGGAACAUAUAAACCAGUUCAAGGAAUCAGCCAACUGUUCCAUUGGAAGUGAAAGAAGUAUACACAAGUAAGACACUCUUAAGAAGGUGCAACAAAUGGCUGCAGCUUUCAGCUGGUGUACCAUGGCAAGAUUUUUCAAAAUAGCAACGCCGAAAGAGAAAUAAAAUCCCGAGAAGGAAGUCAAACAGUUACACGGCCAACUGAUUAUCAACGGAUUAAUUCUUCGCUCUCCAAACGCAGCAAGGCUCGUAGAAUCCUAUGUUGGGAGUGUCUGAAACUGCUGAUGCAUUGUUCGUCAAUUCCGCUCAUUUUACAACAAUGGAGUGGAGGCAUUGUUUUUCUUGUAUUUUUCUACUCUUUUCUUGCUCCGUUUUAGCUGGUGUUUCAGCUUCAACUUCAUCUUCUUUAUCAGAUGGGAUUUUUGUUCAUCAAGAUUCUACUGGGAGAAAUCUACUUCAGACCAAGAAACCUUGUCCUAUUAGCUUCGAGUUUGCAAACUACACCAUGUUCACUACCCAAUGCAGAGGACCGCAGUACCCAGCCAAACAAUGUUGUGAAGCCCUUUUGCAGGUUGCCUGUCCUCUGCAGUCUUAUGUGAAUGACUUGACAACUGAUUGCGCCGAUACCAUGUUCAGCUACAUUAUGCUUCACGGGCCGUACCCACCAGGUCUUUUCGCGAGCGUGUGCAAAGGUGACAAAGAUGGGCUACCAUGUCCUGACGUAGCACCACCGCCAUCAGAUUCUGCCAAUGUUAAUAUUAGCCCGAUGAGCUGUAGACUAUCGCCGGUCCUGAUGAUUGCAACUGCUCUUACGGUCUUGUUAUUGUUGCUUCUCUGAAGAUCAAUAAAGCUUUUGGCGUAGUUUCUGUAUAUUGAAACUCUCAAUUUUCUUCUGCCAUGGUACCACUGAUUUUAACGAUCAACACGAAACUCAUUUGAGUCUGUGUAUUGAAAAUGACACUCCUUGGUAAUCCGAGGAUCUGUGAGUUAAAUAUUACGUAUUUCAUUUUGUUGUGUUCUCA